AUGGAGGUUGCGGCGAACGAGGCAUUUGAUGUUUAUCGAGAGUUGUAUUAUGAGGGGGGUGUGGGGAGUGUAUACUUUUGGGAUUUGGACGAUGAUGGGUUUGCGGGAGUGGUGCUGCUCAAAAAGGGAAUCACACCUGGCUCGAAGAACUCAGGGGGCUGGGAUAGUAUCCAUGUCUUUGAAGCCACGGAUAGGGGACGUACAUGCCACUACAAGCUCACGAGUACCGUUAUCCUACAUCUAUCUACCGGCUCGGAAGUGCUGGGGGACAUGGACCUUAGCGGGAACAUGACCAGACAAAUCGAAGCGGAUAUGCCCAUUGAAGGAGAUGCGAGCCAUGUAGCGAAUGUUGGACGGCUGGUGGAGGAUAUGGAAUUGAAAAUGAGAAAUUUACUGCAGGAGGUUUAUUUCGGCAAAGCAAAGGACGUUGUCUCUGAAUUACGAAGUAUACAACCAUUAUCUGAAACGAACCGGGACCGGUCUGCUCACAGGAAUAUGAUCAGUUCAAUGAUGAAGUAG